GAGACGAUACGUGUGACGAACUAAUCGCGCAUUAUUUCAGAGAAGGCUUUGCAUACGAGAAGAUUAUGCAAUUCCUUGGCAAGUUUCACGGCAUUAACAUCUCCUUACGAACACUUAAUACCAAGCUAAGAUCUCUUGGUCUUCGUCGAAGGAACAAGGAGUAUGAUUUAAGUCUAAUUCGACAACGAAUACAGCACGAGCUUGAUGGACCAGGUUCUUCAGCUGGUUAUCGCUCUGUGUGGCAUACCUUGCAACGGGAAGGUUACCAAGUGCCCAGGGAAACGAUCAGGGUUUUUGUUAAAGAGUUGGAUCCUGAUGGCGUGAGGGAAAGGCAGGGCAAAACCCUUAGGCGAAGAACUUACCACAACCCAGGUCCCAAUUAUGCUUGGCAUGUUGAUGGCUAUGACAAACUUAAGCCAUAUGGCUUCCCAGUGCAUGGAUGCAUAGAUGGAUAUAGCCGAAAAGUUUUAUGGCUUAAAGUAUGCAAAACAAAUAACAAUCCUGCUGUUACAAGUCAACACUUCCUGGAUGCUGUUAAGAAGUAUGGUGGAUGCCCCACAUUGUUGAGAACAGACAAUGGGACUGAAAAUGUCAUAAUGGCAGCAAUGCAAGCUUAUUUUAGAACUAGUGGGGAUGACGAGAUGGCAGGUAUCAAUGCUCAUCGGUAUGGUUCCUCUCAGUCAAACCAGCGGAUUGAAUCUUGGUGGGCAUUUCUACGAAAAAAUCGCUCGAACUGGUGGAUGAAUUUUUUUAAAGAUAUGAUUGAGACAGGGCAUUUAAAUACAUCAAGUGAUCUAGACAAGGAAUGUUUGUGGUAUUGCUUUGCCAAUUUAUUACUAGAAGAUCUAACAAGCGUCAAGCGUAAUUGGAACUCCCACUACAUCCGUAAGUCAAGGUUUGACACAGUUGCUGGAAGACCAGAUGAACUUUACUUUCUCCCUGAAUGCAAUGGUGCACAAAAUUAUGCAAAGCAAGUGACUGAUGCUCAAUUUCAAGAUAUGUCUCAAUAUUGUCAUGAGUACAUGGAAGAAAAUGUUAUUCAAGAAUAUUAUUGCACCAUUGGAAAUGAACUUGGUAUGUCUCAACCAACACAUUGGAGAAGAGCAUUGGAAAUGUACCAUAUCUUACGUGGAAUUGCCCAAAGCUGAAUUUAAAUUUUUU